AUGACGACAGCAGUCGUCAGCCAAUUAAUGAAGUCCAAGGAGAAGAAAAUAUUCACUCUAAUAAAACUGAAACCAAAUGAAAACGUGGUGGCAUCUGAGCUGUUAGUUCGUUUCUCACUAUGCAAGCUCGCGGCGGUAGCCACGGGAGAUACCAAAGAGGAUCUGAUGACACUUCUAGGUUACAAAGAUGAGAGAAGUUUAAAACCCUGUUACACGAGACUAAGAGAAUCACUGAAGACAAUGACAGAGAGUGACCUGACAUUGAUCAACAGAAUAUUCGUGGACUACUCUAAAGAAAUAGAUCCAAACUUUAUAAAUAAUUCUACGGAAAAAUUUGGAGUGCAAGUUGAACAAGUUGGUUUUACCUAUCCCGUGGCAGCUUUAGCACAUAUUAAUAAAAUGAUUAGCGCUAUAACAUACAAAAGAAUAGCAGACAUACUGGACGCUGAUGAUAUAGACAGAAAAACUAAAAUGAUUAUCGUUAACGGAGCUCAUUACAAAGGUACCUGGGAGUUCCCAUUUGAUUUCCGGCUGACUAAAGUGAAGGAGUUCCGUCAUAUUGAUGGUAAGGUAUCCAAGGUACCGAUGAUGACCAAGAUGGAUUCUUUCAUGUUUGUAGCGGCUGGCGAUUGUAAGGCCAUAAAUCUCAAGUUCGGAAGUUGGCGGGCAUCUAUAACAAUUGUAAUACCCAACAGUGCUCGUGAAUUUCCGAAACUGAUUGACAAAAUUAGCGAAGAAAGGAAUUACGUGUACAGCCUUGUAAAGAGCAUGAAAUCGAAGUAUUUGAAUGUGCUCAUACCAAGAUUUAAAAUUAGAACUUUUGUUGAUUGGUCCGGAUUCCUACAGGGGUUGGGACUGUAUUCUCUUUUUAAUACGAACUCCUCGGAUCUGGUUGGUAUAUACAAGAAAGAGUAUCGGAACCAGACCAUCGGCUUGAGUAAAAUCAAACAAAAAAUAUUCUUGCAAAUUGAUGAGAUGGGUGUUGCCAGAUUUAAACCUCAUCCACAUAUGGACUUGGGACCACCGAAAGGUUCAAAGGCUCCAGAUGUACCAGUCUUCAUAGCGGACAGACCGUUCUACUUCGAGAUCACGUGGGACUUCGAGAAUGCUCGAUAUGAAAUGUUUACCGGCGUUUACUAUGGGCCAGAGUCAAACAAUAUCAUACCAAAGUAA